UGACAAAUAUUGUGCAUCUAGGAAAAUGCUGAGAAGUGAUCACCAAGCUUAAAGCUUAUAAGGUCUAUAAAUACUACAGGUUUCCAGGACUUUAGUGCAUCAAUAUUCAACAUCUUUUCUGCUUAAUUUCUCAUAGUUUACAGCUUAAACCUUAAAAGCAUUACCCAUUCCCCUAAUGGAGACAACAGGAAAGCUUCUGCACCCUCCAACUCAUGGAGACCUUAUUACUAUUCUCAGCAUUGAUGGAGGUGGAAUUAGAGGAAUUAUUCCAGGAGUUAUUCUCAGCUUUUUAGAAUCUGAGUUACAAAAACUGGACGGUGAACAAGCAAGAAUUGCAGAUUAUUUUGAUGUGAUUGGAGGGACAAGCACUGGCGGUCUUGUUACCACCAUGUUAACAGCACCAAACGAGAAAAACCGACCCUUAUAUGCUGCCAAAGAUAUUAAGGCCUUCUACUUUGCGCAUGGCCCUAGAAUAUUUCCUCAAAAUAGCUUUCCAUUUUCCGGUGUUGUAAAUAUAAUCAAAAGAGUGUUGGGACCAAAAUAUGAUGGAAAGUAUCUGCAUGGAAUUCUUAAGGAAAGGCUUGGAAACACAAAGCUGCACCAGACAUUGACUAACGUUGUAAUUCCAGCUUUCGACAUCAAGAAGCUGCAACCAAUCAUCUUUUCCAGCUAUGAGGCCAAGAAAAGUCCAAGCCUGAAUGCCUUACUCUCAGAUAUAUGCAUUGGAACUUCAGCCGCUCCAACUUAUUUUCCGGCCCAUUAUUUUGAGACCAAAGACUCUGAAGGAAAGGUGAAGAAGUUCAAUCUUAUCGAUGGUGGGAUGGCUGCUAAUAAUCCGGCUUUAGUUGCCAUUGGUGAAGUUACAAAACAGAUCAACCGAGGGCAUUCUGAUUUCUGUUCCAUAAAGGCAGCAAACCAUUUCAAUAGAUUCUUAGUGCUAUCCAUAGGAACAGGCUCAGAAAAACUUGCAGAGGAGUACAGUGCAAAGCAAGCGGCUCAAUGGGGUGUAAUUGGGUGGUUAAUCUCCGGCCAUUCCACCCCAUUAGUUAAAGCCUUUACAGAAGGCAGUGCUGACAUGGUUGAUUUCCAUCUUUCUGUGAUUUUCAAAGCUCUAAGUUCGGAAAAGAAUUAUCUUCGCAUCCAGGAUGAUAAGUUAAAAGGGGAGGUUUCCUCUGUUGAUGUUUCUACGGCGGAAAAUCUGAAUAAUCUUGCCAAAAUUGCUGAAAACUUGUUGAAUAAACCUGUUUCAAGGUUGAAUUUCGAGACGGGUAAUUAUGAGCCUUCAGGAGAAGGAGAAACCAAUGCACAGGCUCUCAUAAGGUAUGCAAAGCUGCUCUCUCAGGAGAAACACCGUCGUGAAAGGUCAUCGUUGCAGAAGCCUGGGGCACAAUCAAAAUGAACUUGAAUUCAUGGAAGCUUUAAAUGAGAUAAUUAUCAGUACUCUGUUGAAGGGUUGUAUGAAAUUAAUAAAAUUAAUGUAAUACAUUGAUUAAAUUAGCAAUAUCAAAAUGAUUUGCUGAGAUAAAUAAAGUUAUAUAGUUUAUAGUUUGUCAUUUAUCAUCCUUAGAAUUUAGAAAUCAGAUUAGACUUAUGUGCCAAACAAACUUUGUCAUUUAUCAUCCAAAUGCCUUCUGUAUUUUUUUUCAAAAUACAUUUUUGAUAUGACAUUCGAAUACCUUAGUGGGACAUCCAAAGAAUAACAGCAACACAUGCACCACUCACCUAAAACAAUGCAUUUUCAUUUGACAAAACUCCAUCAAGGGAGAGAUCAAUCAAAGAUUACUUCACUCUUUUUCCACGAGUUUGGUAGGAGGAUUGGAAUCAAAGAUUUUAUCUGUCUUUAUCUAAGC